GACCAAGACGAUUGACUGCCGUGACCACGAUGCACGCAACAUUCAAUGUCGCAUACUUGAAGUGAAGAAGAUCAGGAAACCCACAGGUGGAUGUUAGAUCAGGAAAGACAUAGGACAUGUCGACCCCUACCAGGGCCGGAACAUCUUCCCCUCCUCCGCCUCCAUUACAUCCUUCUGGGAUCAAGGGCUCGCCCGUCAAGGACGAAGAGGUUGAGUCAGUACCCGAGUCUGAUGGGGAGAACUCCGAUACCCAGUCCAUCGAUGAUAUUGCGCCCUCAACGUCUGCGAACCAAAAAGGAAAGGCGGCCGACUCAUCCAUCAAGGCUCAAUCGGUGCCACUGCAGAAACGUCGACGAGUAACUCGAGCAUGCGAUGAAUGUCGCAGGAAGAAAAUCAAAUGUGAUGGCAAGCAGCCUUGCACGCAUUGCCAGGUGUAUAGCUAUGACUGCACCUACGACAAGCCGUCCAACCGGCGCAGGAACCCGGCGCCUCAAUAUAUCGAAGCACUAGAACAGAAGUUACAACGGGCUGAGGCGCUUCUUCGCAAAUUCAUGCCCGACGUCGACCUCAACGACCCAAAUCUGGACCUCUCCGUGCAACAGGAAUUUCGCCUGAGAGAACAGGCUCGGGCUCAGACUCUGCUGAGGGAUGAUGCUUCCGGAUCUUCUUCCUCGUCCAAGGAUGCGAAGCUAUUAUCUAUGAUCUCGGGCGCUGGGCAGCUCGACCUGGACGAAAAGGGCGAUUACGAUUUUCAUGGUCUCUCGUCGGGUGCCGUCUUCUUCCGCCGCAUGAAGGAGCACUUUCGUACUUUGCUUGGCCGCGACUACAAGAUCCCUAGCCUUCCCCGUGGUUCAGGUCGGACCCCAGGGGCCGGACUCAAUUUCGAUUCCCCGAAAUCCUCGGCGACUGGGGAGAUGACGGCCUCGUCGGCAGACUUAUAUAACCUACCACCGAAAGAGGUUGCACGGACACUAUGUUCGUACUCGUUCAACUACGCCACCUGUCUGCUGCGCAUUGUUCAUAUUCCCUCCUUCUAUGAGAUGCUCGACGAGCUUUACGAAAAGCAACCGGGAAGCUUUGGGGAGGAUGACGACAGGCAUCUUGCGCUGGUAUACUCGGUACUAGCUCUUGGAUGCAUGUACGAUGUUCAUGAUGACGGGGAUUUGGAUACACCCCCGUACGAGAUGGCCAUGGAAGAAGGGCUCAAGUAUUACACAUCGGCCAGACUGCUCUUGCAAGACCUCACUGACUGUCGGGACUUGACGUCACUCCAAGCACUGUUAUUCAUGAUCCUCUUCAUGCAGUCGAUAUCGAAUCUUAGCACUUGUUACGGUUUCGUUGGAAUCGCGUUGCGGUCUGCCUUGCGAAUGGGGCUUCAUAGGCAUCUGCCACAGAUGCAGGUCAACCCAAUCGAGUCGGAAACAAGGCGACGAAUAUUCUAUGUCUGUCGACAACUUGACAUAUAUGUCUCUGCACUUCUCGGCUUCCCGCUAUUGCUUAACGACGAAGACGUCGAUCAACCAUUACCUACACCAGUGGAUGAUCAGUUUAUCACAAUCAACGGCAUCCUGCCUGUGCCCUCUGGCACAAUUUGUUUCUUCGAGGCUUUCAACGCGCACGCCCGGUUGAUGGAUAUUCUCAGCAAGGUCAUCAAGCACAUAUAUCCUUUGAAAGGCAUUGAACACACCGCGGCCGAGGGUGAACAACCAACCGGAUCGUACGUCAUCAGCUACACUAAAGUCAAAGAGAUGGAGAAAAGUUUGCAGCAAUGGAAUGAGCAAUUGCCUGUCGCAUGGCGGCCAAAUUCGGAUGGUUCCGAGGAAGUCGUUCGAGUGCGUAAUCUCUUGAGGUUCGCCUAUGCCCACGUGCAGAUGGUGCUGUACAGGCCUUUCCUUCAUUACGUUUCCCCACGUGUUUGCGUAGGCAAAAAUGUGGACGAGCGCUCCUACGCUUGCGGUGCAGCUGGCAUAAAUAUUGCACGCAAUAUUGUGCACAUUGGAGCCGAAAUGCGUAAGCAAGUGUCGUUGGUUGGGCCUUACUGGUUCACUUUUUUCACCGAGUUCUUCGCCGUUAUCUCGCUAGUCUUUUUUGUUCUGGAGAAUCAAGAUAAGCCGGGAACGAAUGAAAUUCUGGCGGAUGCUAUAGCUGGAAGAGAUAUGAUCACUACGCUUGCGCGUAGAAGCAUGAUCGCGGACUCUAUUGCCAAGAACCUACAAACUCUCUUCGAGCAACUCCCGAAAAAUCUUAAGAAGAUCAAAGCAACGACGGUACCGACAAGGAAGCGAUCAGCACCUGGGUCCAAGUCAGGCUUCAUCGCGAUGCCUUCGCCCUCUACCUUGAAGGCCAAAAUUUCCUCUCAUCUCCCAGAGGAAUUUGGCCGCUCGAAAAGUGGCUCAAGCAAGCCGGGAAGAAGCUCUAAGGAAUCAGUACGCCCCAAGGUCUCCUACGAUCCACUCAAUCUACAAACCGGUCUAGAUUUCGGUGCAAGUAGUUUCUCUACAACGUCGCCGCUCGAUCUGUCGGUGGGGACCCCAGAAAGCACAUCUUCGGGAAAUCUCUAUGAACCGAGUCCAAACUUACACCAUACUACAGUCGGGUUAAAUCCACUCCACAGACUGGACGCGAUGAUGUUUCCAUCUGAGGAUCCUCUUGCCUACCCUAAUCAACCAGGAUUUGAUUUUGGGCCUCCUGGACAGUCUUUGAGUCCAGACAUGGCUCACCCACCGCAGGAUACACAGCAGUUCUACAUGCCCAACUAUUUUGAUGGCAUCGAGGGCCAGCUAAUGGGCCCGCUCCCGCCGUUUCUGAUGCAGAACCCCGGGCAGUCUGGAUUCGAUUUUCCAGCACAGAUCUACUCUGAUCCAGUGUUGUCACUGCAUAUGCAGCAAAGCCAACAUCGCCAGCAGCAACGCCAUCCUCAAGCUCUUUCUCAAUCACAACAACAACAUCACCAACCGCAGCAUUCUGCGGCACAACAGCAGCACCAGUUCUCCAAUGCGCCGUGGAGCGGAAUGUUCCCUCAUUACGAUUAGCCUCGGGCUGUGAAAGUUACUUGCAAUUGCAUGUAUGAAUAUCAUAUAUGAGCAACGGCUUGUUUGGUCGUUUGCUAGGAACUGGAGUUUGGCAUUUGGAGUUAUCAAUGUGUAACAUUGUGGGGCGAUGUCGGUCAAGAUUUACGGUCAGGUA